AUGAGCACCACACGCGAUUCCAACUUAACCCAGUCGAUUCCCGCUCAAUGGCAAAUCUACCCAAGCAUCCCCACGGAAUGUCCCAGACGCCGAGACACCUUCAUCGCGUUCGCCAUCACUAAUCUCGUCACAAUGGUCCUUGGCCUAGCGGUCGGCUGCCGGCCCUUCAUCUACAUAAUAAGCUGUCGCAUGUUUGGCAAAAAGAAACGCAAGAAUGUAUACUGGUACAACUGGCUUCCUACAUGGGGGCUGACAUUCGUGGGAAAUGUCCUUUGCGCGGUCCUAAUCAUGAGGACGCCGGGUUACGAACACAUUAGAGUCGCCGAUGUUGCGAUGCUUUAUCUGCAAAGACCGCGCAUUACGCUCCUAGCCCUCACUACCGUGACAUACGCCAUUGUGUGGAAGGGAGAGAUGCCCUGGAUUCGUGCAUGGGUGGCCACUGCAGGCGCUGAACUGUUGUUGCAGAUCAUGGCUGCCAUCUGGGUCGUGAGAGCAGGGGAGGGAUAUUUGAACCAACGACACAUCCUUGCGAUCGCUAUUUGGGAAUGGGUCAAUGCCGGGUUGACCGCCAUCAUGGCGAUUUAUAUCGUCCGAUGUUGGCGAAAUCAGGUGGCUCACGCCGAGGCUGUUGAUGAAGCCGCCAAGUAUCCAAAUGGCUUUGUGAUGCAAAAUGACUUUUGGGUUCAAAAUGGCUUUUCAGAGAGACAGGCAGUUCCCAAAGUAAAACGGCUGACGUUCCGAGUUUGGCUAAUUCUCAUGGUUAUUGGCGGUCUUGGAUAUGCAGGCGUUGGUGCCCACCAAAACUUGGGGCUCAAGUAG